GGUACAAAUUUAAGGUCUCAAGUGGGUACAGGUAAAUUUACAAAGUUAGUUACCUCUAUGAUAAAAUUACCGAAUUAUAAUAAGAGUAUUAUAAUAGGAUUAUUAUUAUCAGAUGGUUGGUUAACCUUUGCAAGUAAAACAAAUAAAAAUGCACGAUUAGGGUUUAAACAAACUAUAAAUAAAGCAUCUUAUGUAUGGUUUAUUUUUAAUGAAUUAUCUCAUUAUUGUAGUAGUUACCCUUAUUACGCAGAAAGAAAAGUACUUUAUAAUUUAGGCUUUUUUACUCGAGGAUUGACUUGUUUCACUGAAUUAUACCCAGUAUUCUAUAUAAAUAACGUUAAAAUAGUACCAGAAGAUAUUUAUAAUCUUUUAACUCCAGUUGCUCUAGCUCAUCUUAUCAUGGGAGAUGGUGGAUUUAAAAGUAAAGGUAUUUAUAUUUGUACUGACUCUUAUACUAUUCAAGAUACAGUCCGAUUAAUGAAUGUAUUAAUUAUACGUUAUGAUUUUAAAUGUACUCUUCAUAAAGCUAGUAAUGAACAUGGAUAUAGGAUAUAUAUUUCUCGGAAUUCAUUAUACAAAGUAAAAAAGUUAGUUAAACCCCAUUUUAUACCCAGCAUGUUUUACAAACUAGGUGGGUAG